GGUAUACUCUUAUGAAAAUAUCUGAGCGUUGUUUUUCUCUAUGGACGAUUCAAAAUGUUCAUUGAAACAAUUCAAUACGCCCCUGUAGAGCCAACCAUUUCACUGAUAAACAUAUUUUGAUUAGUCAUUUCCAAAAUUCAGGGAGGCGUCGAAAAAACCAGGUUAAGCACCGAAAAAUGAGCUGGUUGCGCUUCUUUGCCCAAUUCCAACGUAAAAACAAUAGAAUUCGGCCGAAAUUAAGGCGAAGAACUGCGGAGCACUUUCAAUAUAAAAGAGGAACAACGGUCUCACUAAAAACAUUGCAUGAGAGAACCGAGCCGGAGUAAUUUCAUUUGCAGAAUCUCAAUUACAAUUUCUUUCCUCGCAGAAGUAGGUUAGAGAAAGUUUACGUUUCAACUUGAAACUGCCGCUGAAUUCAGUUUAACAUUGACUCCAGUGUUGUUCUGUGUACCAUCAACAACAUAAGGUGAGUCAAUUCGUUCGCAAAACACUCUGAAUCGCUCUUCGAAACUUUUCACCUGUUGCUAUCUACUUCCGAACUCCCUUCGAUUAUCACCUUUUCAUUCUCUCGAUUCCUAUUGCUUCAACCGACCCUCACGAUCUCCAAGAAGGAUUUGACUUAUUUACUAUAAGUUCAACUAGUUCAGGUUGCGUUUUUUAAAAUAAUCAAGGACUUAUUUAUAUCAUAAAUAUGACAUAGAUUCGAUAGAUUAGUCAUUUCAAGUCAAUAUCGAGUUGUACUUAUUGUUGUUAACAAAUGUAGUAACCUCAAGCUUUCGGUGUAAUUUAGUUUCAGUGGAAAUUGCAAGAAUAAUGAAAGUAAUGAGAUUUAUCCCAGUGAAUUAUCAUGGAAAAAUGGGUUUGGGUGGUGACAGCUCAGUUGAAGAAUACGUCUUCCAGCUACCCGAAUCUGAGAAAAAGAAGGCGCAAGAGGAACUGCGUGAAGAUGAAAGCAUAAGGAAACAAUCUUUAGACCAACUCAGAGAAUGGAUCCUCAAACACCCCAAUAUCAAAAAAUGCCGUACUGACGCCCCUUUCCUGCUUCGCUUUUUGAGGACAAAGAAGUUCAGCGUUCCCCAAGCAUCAGAGAUGUUGGAAAGAUACCUCACCAUCCGUCAACUCUACCCACAGUGGUUCACCAAACUGGACCCUGAAGAUCCCGAACUGGCCGAAAUCAUCGACGCCGGUUACCUUGUUCCACUGCUGGAAAGGGACGAGGGAAAGUUGGUCCUGUUCAGCAACGCCGGAAAAUUCGAUCCUCACAAAUUCACCUCUGCGCACAUGGUGAGGGUGCACAGCAUGGUCACAGAGGCUCUUAUGGACGAUGAGGUCAACCAGAUCAACGGUUACACUUACAUCAACGACGAAAGCGGAUUUCAGAUGUCGCAUAUAUCGCUCUGGUCUUUAACCGAUAUUAGGAACAUUUUGAGAUGCAUUCAGAACACCACUCCGAUGCGUCAUAAGGCCAACCACUUCUUGAACAUCAGCUCUAGCGCUAUAAAAUUAAUAGAAUUCGCAAUUUCCCUGCUCAACGAGAAGCUGAAAAACAGAAUAUUCAUUUACAAAUCUCUCGACGAACUACAUGCGAAGAUCGACAAAAAAAUUCUUCCUAAGGAAUAUGGUGGCGAGGUUCCCUUAGCCGAUAUGCUGGAGGGAUUCAAGAAGCAACUGAAAUCCAAAAGGGACGAUUUGUUAGCCUUAGACGACAUGUAUAUAGAAAUUGACGAGAAAACUUGUCCUUUAGUUUCCGAAAUGAACGAAGAACUUGGAAUCGGUUUGGACGGCAGUUUCAAGAAAUUGACUGUGGACUGAACUGUUUUUGUUAAAGUUUUACUCUUUUGUUAGAAUAUGAAACAAUCGUUCAUAAUGGUAGAGAGGUUCAUUUUUAUCUUCUUUUUGUGAUAACUUGUCUUUGGAUCUUUCUCACUCCUUUCUAUUUUUCUUAAGAAUCACUCGAUCAUCCAUCAUCUCUUCGAACAUCAUCAUUUUCCUUGUUUUCCCCCAUCAAUUCUUUCAUUCAUCUUAUAGUCUAGUCAUCAUGUGGUAGCUUAUUUAGAAUAUUCGUUUGAUUGAUCUAUUUUUUUCAAUAAUUAAUGAUUUAUUUAAGUUAUUAUUUAGGUUGAAAUAUUGAGGACAUUUGCCUCAGCCUUGGUGGAAUAAAGUUACCCAUCUUUAUUAUUCAUUAUUUUUUGUUACUGUAAUUUUACUAUUGUUCAUGACAAAAUCUCUAUGUAUGUUUUGGUCUCAAAACAAUGAAUUCAUUAUGAGACCGCAAUAAAAAGUUUUCUCAA